AUGCAGAGUAGGGCGAACGCUGCUCGAAACAGUGAGUUGCAAAAUAUAGAUUAUAACUUUUAGGAGAAUGUUAAAGAAUUCAAUUAAUUAAAAGAAAUUUUGAGAUAAUACAAUCCCAACAAAUAGAUUGCAAGAGCAAAUACAAUAAAGCGUAGGAAAAACAAGAAGAAACUUAUGGAUAAAGUUAAAACCUCUAUGAUGAGUAAGUUAAACAUAAACCACAUAGCUUAACUCAGAAAGGGGAAAAUGGCUCAAAGUUAGCAUGAAAAAAUUCAGUCAAGUACGACUGAUAUUAUCGGUGGUAGUGGUGGUUUGUCCACUUCUCAGGUUCUUAGCAGAUCAAAGAAAUUUAAAAACUCCUAUCCUGUUGACAAAUAACUAACAAUCAAUCAAUUGAAAAUAACUGAUUAGGAACGCAAAAAUUCAGAUGUGACAAGUGUAUAGAAUUCUGCUGAUCCAGAAAAAGUAAAAUCUAGUGAUGAAAAUGAAAGCAUCGCAUCAAGAAGACCAAAGCAUCACUCAACUGAUUAGAGCAUUAAUAAUCCUGUCAUAUUUAAAGAAAUGAAGAGCGCUGUUGACAAAGCGAAAUUUGAAUAAAAGUAAAGCUAAAUAAUUGAAGAUGAAGAGGAGUAUCUCUACUUUAUGUAUAACUCUGACAGUGAGCUUAACUUCGAAGAAUAUAAAUCUAAUCUCUUUCAGCUAUUUGGAUUGAGUAAAGCAUCAACUGUUAAACGAUUGAAAACUAGUAACCUUGAUGGAAAUGGGUCCGUUUUGUAAGGUCAUACAAAUCGAGAAAAUACAGAGCAUGAUCCAGCCAAUAUGAGCACCAAUUCAAAUAAUAGACAGUUAAGUUAAAUUUCAAAACCAUAUGAGUAACUUGUAAACCCAGCGAGCUUCUAAUCUUUAAAUCAGCUACUAAUAAAAAAUCCAAACAUAACUUUUAAACUGGAAACAAACAGAUCUUAAUCAUAAAGUCCUAAUCAUGUAGCUCAUAAGAGUACUUUUGAGUCUUAGAAAAGUACUGAGCAAAAGACUUCAAGUUUUGGAAGGUAUUUAACAGUGGACACAAAAUUCUUGGGAUUAAGCAAAAGUAAGUCACCCUCUAAGGAUUCUCCUGGUGAUCCUAGUUACUCAAGCCUAGUUGGAAAAAGACCUUUUGAUAAAGAACCUCAUUCAGCUAGUAAAGUAGUUGUCAUUAGACCCCUUUCUAGCAGUAACCAGAGAUAGGAAACAAUGCAGCCUAUGUAAAGUUAAUCAAUGUUGGAUGAGUUGCAAGACAGAUUUUAAAUAUAAAAAAAUUAGAAUAUUGCCACUAUCGAGGAGGAGUAUUCAGAUAACUCCUCUCCAGCUUUGAAUAAAAACAGAUUUAAUUUUAAGAACAGCUAAAAAAUUCAUCAUCAUCGCUAAGAAUCUAAUCAAUAAACAUCAGUAGACAAUAGCUAGAAUGAUUCAAGAGCGUCAGCCAGACUAUGUUCAGACAAAGAUGAUGAUAAGGAAAUAGAUGAAAAACCAAAGUAAGAAGAAGUGCAAUUUAGAAAGUAUACGAGUUUCCUCACACUUAAUAAAUACAAUAAGAUUUACACUCAGGAAUUCAAAGAGGAGGACAUCGAAAUUAUGAACAUAAAUUCGAUUCUCACAAGUUAAAAUAAUAAACUUCAGAGGAUUGCUAAGUUCUAGUUAAUUCUUGUGAUUUUCGGGUUCUUUUUAUUCAUUCUAGACUCAGAGAUCUAUUAUAGCAAUGUGACUGAAUAUGAAUUCGUGCUUCUAUCAGAAGAUAAAUUGAAUCAUCUGAUCAGCAUCUACCUGAUAUAGCCUAGAACUCAUAAACAUUUGAUUUUUAUUCAGUCGUUUAUUGGAGUGCUUAUGUAAUUCAAAUUCUUUACCUUGAUAAGAUUCAUGGCUUAUAAGUCACCCUUGAAUUCCUCCAAAGGUAGAUUUAUCACGGCACUAAGAGGGAUAGAUUAUUCAACAGCCUUUCUAAUAAAAGUAUGGUUGACAAUGAACCCUGUAAAAGGUCUUGUGUUUGGAAUCAUUUUUUUUCUGUUCAUAAAUUCCUUUGUUUUAUAUUUAAACGAGAGAUCUGCAAGCAUUGAUUAUAUCCCUUGCUACGAGGAAGAUCAUCUUUAUGCAGUUUCAUAAUAUAGAGAUUCAGUAUGGCUAACCGUAGUUACAUUUUUAACAGUUGGAUACGGUGAUUUCUAUCCUACUACUAAUCUUGGAAGAUAUAUGAUGAUAUUCACAGCUAUCGGAGGACAAUUAUCAAGUGCUAUCGUAAUCGGAUUAAUUCAUGGAUAACUUAUGCUAACAAGUGAAGAAUCAGGAAAAGGAAAAAUUAAAAAGAUACAUAAGUGCAUCACUGAUCUAUUAUAUGCUUAAAAUGGCUGGCUAUAGAAAUAAAUAACUGUAAACUUGACUUUAGAAUUUAAAGCUGAACUCUAUAUUAGGUAAAAAGGAAACAUUCAUUGGCACAAGGCAAGACAGGUACAGAACAUAAAAUUUGAAAUAUAUGUAAAUGUGAUGAAAUUCAAGAAAAUUAAACUGGAGUUAGCCAAUUACUACUCAACAAGAGGUGAUGAUAGCAAUGUCAGUAUAAUAAAAAGCACAGAAACUUAACUAGCAUUGCUAGCUUCUGAAGUGAUUAAAAUAUUUGGGCUGAUGAAAGAUUCGAAACUCGAGAGGAAGAAAAACAUUAAUGAAUCUUAUUUCAGAGGAAGAUCAAUCCUCAACAAGAUUAUUGAGUAAGAAUCAUUGUUAAAACAAAAUGCAAAAAUGAUGCCAGCAAGAGUUUUCAGUGAAAACAGUCUCGCUGUUAUUGAUUCUCCUACUCAUAACUAAGUAACCAAGACCAAGAGUCCUUUAGAACUAACUACUUUUGCUACAGGUAAAAUUAAGCAAAGUAAAACCAUGCACUAAGGACCUUCUCUUUAGAAAGACUUUUCUAGCAAAGUAUGGAACUAAAAAAUGGAUGUUAGUAUUGUAGAAGAAUUGGAAUCUUCAAGUUCAUAUGAUAGGUAAAAGAGCCCCAGAAAACUUUAAUCGCUUGUCUCUACUACUAACUUCUAAGGCUCUUUUAUGGAUACUGGCGGACUUCUUAAUUAACUCGAAGAGAGGAAAAAGUAAGAAAAGCUUCAGCAUUAAUUGACUAUUUUAACGAAUUCCAAUGCUGCAAAUUAUACAAAUGCGUCAAAGAAGAAAAGUUAUAAUCCGAAAACUCUAUGGAAAAAUAUUACAAGCACUGAGUCACUUAGGAUACUUAGUUCAGAGGAGAUAGAUAAUUUAUCAUCAAGUAAAAAACAUGUAAGUCAUUAAUAUCCUAGGAAUGAGAAUUUUUUCAACUUUACUAACCAACUUAUGGUUCAUAAUACUUCCCCUAUGAUGGGCAGUAUCAGUGCUAGUCCUAUAUCAAACACAUAAAAAAGAACUUUAGAUGAAGACUUCAAAGAAGAAUAAGUGAACACUAGUCCAAAGAAACUUGAGGGAAAUGAAUUAAAACUUACAGAUAACUCUCUGGAGAACGAUAAAGAAGAUGCCAUGUUAAGAGAGAAAAUAAUGUUAAAAAACUCUAAGUAAAAGAAGUCGUUGAAUAUAGAAGAUAAUGGUGACAGAUAUGGAAACGUUUAAUCGAAGAUAGGAGUUAAAAAGGAUCAAAAGUUAAGAUAUGAAUAUAUAUGGAUCUCCAAGAAGGAAGCAAAGUACACUAAGAGGACCAACAAAUUUUAAGACUAGUGCUACUAAAAAGAGUUCAUCGCAUUUGCAUAAAAGUAAUACCUAGAUUACACUAACAAGAGCAAUAAACUGAAAUAGCAAAAGACAUAACUACAUCCUAAUCUUGUAAGUAUUAUUGAAGAGGAAGAAACUUUUACUGAAGAUGAUGAGGAAGAACUUCAAAUAAAUGAUGAAUUAGAGGAUUCUGAAGAAGAUGAUGAUGAUAGAAUGGAUGAAAUUUAAGAGGAAAAUUCAUACUAUGAAGGAGAAGAGUCUGAUGAACAAGAACAAGAAUCGAUUUCAAAUGACAGUGAAAAAUCUAGCAGAAAGGUGUAACCUAAAAUUUCUGACGAAAAAAUUAAGAUUAGCAUAAAUGGAUAAAGUAUCAGUGAAAAUUAUGUUUACAAGCCUAAAUUGCAGAAUGACAGCCAAAGAAAACGAUCUUCAACAUUGAAUCCAAGUCUAUCAGAUGUUAAUAAACUUAAUCCAUAGCCUGAUACAGAAAUGAGGAAAACUCCAAGCUCAAUUUCUUCAAUGAAGAGCUCACUAAGCUAAGUUUUUAAUGAAUAUCAGUAAAAACAAGAUUUAACUCAAAGCCUACACAUUCUAAAUAAAAUAUAUGAAAAUUAUAACAUCAAUUCAAAGUUAAAAAAUCUUAAAGAUUUAAAUUUGAAUAAGAAAAACUACUCUAUCGAAGAACUAGUCUCUGAUGACUUAUUUAUUCCUGAUAAAUAAAAUUAUGAAGAUGCCUCUAAACAUUCAAUAUCAAACAGUGGGAAAAAUAAGAACAGAAAAACUCUGAUACCAUCUGAUAGUUUCUAUGUAUCAGAGGACUAAUACACCAAUAGCUAAAAGAGCUCUAAAUCCCCUAAGAAAUCUCAAGUAUAACAUAAGCAACCUGAUAAUAAAGCAUCCUUUUCAUAACAUUUAACAGUACAACUCAAUAAUGAUUAAAGAACCAAAGUGAAUGGGUCCAAAAUGAUAAAUUAAAAUCAAUAAAAGAGCUAGAUUAAUCUUUAGCCAGUUCAAAGCGAAAAAGAGAUAUAAUAGAGCUAAAUAAGUCCUUUUCUACCUUAUAAAAAGAAAAAUAAUGAACAAGAAACAUAAUUAUAGUUGUAGAAAUCUAGUAAAAGCAAUAAUGAAACUAUAAGCAAUAAUAGAUUUUCAGAGAUGUAAAUAAGGCAAUUGUAAACUCUUAAAUUAGAUAAGCAUCAAUCUAAUAAUUAUUAGCCUCAAAUUGACUUACUUGAAAUAAUUGAAAAGCACUCCAGUGUUUCACCUACAUUAAGUCUAAAUUAAAAAUAAUCUAUUCUAAGUUUUCAAGAUCAGAUCAAUCAAAUGCUAUAAUAUAACAAUUUCAAUUUAAUUGGAGGAAGUCAAAGCAAUAUUCCGAUUAAAGAUGGCAGUAGUCAAUCAAAUAUCUCUCCGAAGGAUUCAAGUUUAUCAGAGAAAUUAAGAUAUCUUUAAUCUCCUCAUAAAAUGAGUAAAAAAUUUGAUGCAUAAAAAGAGAUAUUGAGGGAGGAAUUAAAGCAAGAGUAAUCUAGAUUUGAUAGUUUAGUUGAUAGAUUUGAUUCAACAUCAAAGCUGGUUAGUCAAACAUUAUAGGAGGCUAAACUAAAAAUUCAGAAACUAAAGAAUUCUUAAUAGGUACCAACUCUACAAGUUAAUAUACAACAGCUAAAAGUAAGUUAGUAGUCAUAGAAUACUCAAAACACAAUUCAAAUGUACAACAUGAUGGAAAAUGUAUAGAUUCACAAUACGAAUCAUACUCAUAUCUACUCUUAAUAACCGCACUAAUCUUAAGCUAACUCAUAGCAAUAGUAGCCAUAGUUUACAUAUUAAUCUAACUCGUAAUAACAGUGA